CAAUCCAUGGCACACGAACACAGCCGUCGCAACACAUCAGCCACAAGGCACACAAAAUGGAAGCAGCAACCUCAGCUGCCGUGGAUGGCGCCGCCGCCGGAGCAUUCCGAUCCGUCGUGCGGCGGAUUCACCAGGCCGCUGAAAGUGCAGGUCGUGGGCCACACCAGAUUCGACUGGUGGCCGUGAGCAAGACGAAGCCAGUCUCUCUCGUUCGACAAGUGUACGAUGCUGGCCAUCGAUGUUUCGGCGAGAACUAUGUUCAGGAGCUCAUAGAUAAAGCACCUCAGCUUCCGGAAGACAUUGAGUGCACUUUAUUGGAAACUUACAGAGCAACAAAGUAAAACCUCUACUGGCUGGUGUACCAAAUCUUGCUAUGGUCGAGAGCGUAGAUGAUGAAAAGAUUGCCAAUCGGCUUGAUCGAAUGGUUGAAAAGCUUGGGAAGGAAACCUUUGAAGGUGUUUGUCCAAGUGAAUACCAGUGGUGAAGAAUCAAAAAUGGGGGUUGAGCCAUCAGAGUGCAUGGAGCUUGCAAAGCACGUGAGCGAGCGAUGCUUGAAUCUUGAGUUUUGUGGGCUGAUGACAAUCGGAAUGCUUGACUAUUCAUCCACUCCCGAGAACUUCAAGACAUUGGCAAACUGCAGAAGUGAAGUUUGCAAGGCGCUUGGUAUAGAAGAAGAGCAGUGUGAGCUGUCCAUGGGGAUGUCCAAUGACUUUGAGCAAGCGAUUGAGAUGGGGAGUACAAAUGUGAGAGUCGGGUCAGUCAUAUUCGGAGCGAGGGAAUAUGCAAAGAAGUAGAAACAAGAGAAAGCACACACAUUUCUGUGAAGCAUCCACUCCCAUCAACUGGGUUUCACUCUUUUGAUGAUGAGAUGAUGAUGUAUUCUUAUGUCUUCUCAGUUGUAACUGCUUGUCCCUUCCUUUCCCUCUCUCUUUUUACCCCCUUUUGUCUUAUGUUUUCUAUUCUUAAUUAAUAUGGGGGACUCGACUGAUUCUGGGUAUUUUCUGGUCAUAUUAAUAAAGGGUACUGUUGUGUGCUUCCGUAGCAGUGAAGUAUGUCAGCAUGUGGAUUGAACUGGAAAUGAUAGUCUAAUGUAACCUGGCUGAAUCCGGGAAGAGAAAGGAAAUAAGACGCUUCUUUCCUUAUAUUUUCUUUUUGGAAUUCUAGAUGAAUACAUUAAAGAGAAUUAUUUCCAAAGACACCAUACCUACUGUACACAUAGACUGGGAUUACUGUUUAAUGUGACC